GGCGGAGGAGGAGGAGGAGGAGGCGGCGCUGACGCAGCAGCACCGAGCCCGGGACUCGGGAGCGCUCCCGUCGCUGGAUCCGUCCCCAGCCGCGGCCUGCGGGAGCCGAGCCCCGGUUUGGGCAUUGAUCCUAUGACGCAUGCCCGGAAGAAACAGCUUUUCCUUCUGAAACACCCAACUGGUUCUGCUGCCCGUUCAUCACCAACAGGCAGCAGGAGGAUGGACAGGACCAGCGGAGAGCAACGGGAUGGGGACACCUCUGAGGUUCCCAAUGGUCCCAGUGGGUUUGUGGGCACAAACAGGGGUAAGAGCCUGCAUGCGGUGCGGAAGACGUACCCCCUGCGCCGGCGCCUGUUGCCUGCAGUCAAUAAGAAGACAUGCAAGGUGCUCCUCACCCGGCUGGAGGACGUGGCCGGAUCCCUGUCCCAACAGCCCCAGAGCUGUAAAGCCAAGGAUCUACCCAGUUGGAUGGGUCUGGGACCGGCUCUGCUCUCGGAACAAGCUCAGCCUGGGGGCGCGGGGAAGAGUGAUCCAUCCGGGGACAAGUGCACUAUGGCUUACACAGGGAUGGAGCAGGAGCUGGAGCCGGCUCCAUCAGAGCCCCGCAAGCGCCGGCUGGCCUCGCUCAAUGCAGAGGCUGUGAACAACCUGCUCUUUGAGCGUGAGGAUGGCCUGUUGUCCGGCAGGCGGUUCCGCAGGGACUCUGUUAAAGCCACCGGAGACUGUACCAGUAAGAGCCUGCAAUGUAAAACUGGGGACAACUGGUCUGUGCUGGAGAAACCGGCUGUGAAAGCAGGUAAAGGCAAACACCGGCACGAGCCCGGCCACAAAUGCAAUAGCUGUGAGCAUGCGCUGGAUGAGGUCUUUGAGGAUGGGACAAAGAGGGAGGACGGUGCCGUCUCCCAUCAUCCCACCCCAAAGAGACUGGCCAGCCUCAAUGCCGUGGCCUUCCUGAAGCUCACCCAUGAGAAAGACCAACCCCUAAAGCCCAGGAGUAAAUCGGAUGGAGAGGGCAAGUCUGAGAACCACUGUUCCAAAGCCACGCUCAAAUGGGCUAAAGCCAGCAGGAAGAAUUGUGUCAAAGCCAAGAAGGAAUUGGCAAGCUUAAAACUGGAAGGUCAGCAAGGCUGGCCAGGACAUGCUCUGGGAAAAGGGGAGCAGCGCGACUCCUCAAGGCUCUAUGGGGCAACAGAACCUGUCCCAUACGAGUCCCUGUCCAGCUCCUAUGCUAGCACUGAGGGUUUCUACCACAGACUGCCUUUGCUUAUGGGGGGACAAGCUUCCAUGAAGCCGGAGUAUGGAAGACCCGGAGAGAAAUCCCCGACCCCCAAACAGGAAUUCCAUCAGCCUUCCUUUCCCGUGCAGCAGUUCCCCCCUUUGCCAGUGCCCGGAAACCACACGGAUUGUGGAUGUCUCUAUGAAUCCUCGGAUCUGACUCCCUUGAAUGGCUUUUACGUUUAUUGUGGCCAAAGUGGCUACAGUGGCUACUCACACUGCUCCAUUUACCCCAAGGAGGAGCUUUCCCAGCCUGCGACCUGCGAGGGGCUCUUGGUAUCCCCCAGUUCGCUGCCGUCGGGUGCUCACUUCCAGCCCCUGCACUGGUGCAGCUCCCCAUACUGCUGCGGAGAAGGGACGGCGCUGAGCACCUACAGCCUCUGUGGGGUCAUGCACGUGCCCGAAGGCAGGAUCAGCAGCGUGCACACGGGACGGAGCAGCUACCCCUUCAAAAUGCCUUUCGCAGCAGAAGGCUGCAAGUCUCUGGACCAGCUGAACCUCACAAUCCCCGUGGCCGGGCACCCCGCAUCGCCUGCCCACCCGCUCUCAGGAUGCCCCGUACCCAGCGUGCCACCGGCUGCAGAACCCGUUCCCCAUCUGCAGACCCCCAACUCCGACCCUCAGACCAUGGCCAGGGAAUGUCCACAGAGCUCCAAGCCUCCCAGCGGCUCCAAGUCCGGCCUCCGGAAUACCCCAGGCUGCCUCCAUGCUGACAGCAAAGCAGCAGGAGCCCAUUCCCACCCCAAGCAGCAGCGCAUCAGCAGGAGGAGGGCGACCAACGGCUGGAUCCCUGUGGGUGCAGCCUGUGAGAAGGCUGUUUAUGUGGUGAACGAACCAGAGCCGGCCGUCCGCAAGAGCUACCAGGCUGUGGAGAGGGAUGGGGAGAUCAUCCGGGUGCGAGACACGGUCCUCUUGAAGUCAGGACCCCGGAAGAAAUCCAUGCCCUACGUGGCCAAGAUAUCAGCACUAUGGGAAGACCCCAAGACAGGGGAGCUGAUGAUGAGCCUGCUGUGGUACUACAGACCAGAGCACACGCAGGGCGGCCGCAACCCCAGUAUGCACCAGAAUGAGAUCUUUGCAUCCCGGCAUCAGGAUGAGAACAGUGUUGCCUGCAUCGAGGAGAAAUGCUACGUGCUGACCUUCGCAGAGUACUGCAGAUUUUGUGCCUUGGCCAAGCGUCGCAUCGAAGGGAUCCCAGGCAGGAAAUCCAUCAUGGUCCCUCCAUCAGAGGAGUACUCCACACCCCUGCACCGCAAGGUGCCCGAGGACACCGACCCCGAGCUGGUCUUCCUCUGCCGUCACGUCUAUGACUUCAGACACGGGCGCAUCCUGAAGAACCCACAGUAGCACGUUCCCUAUGGAGCAUGGGCAGGAGCAGCGGCCCCGGAACGCUGGUCUGGGGUAUCCGAGUGCUCCUGAUGCCCUCCCUUGUGCUGCUUGCAGAUGAGAGCGCCCAGCGCUCGGACUGAGGAUGAUGCCGGAGCGGAUCCCUGAGGAAGAAGGCAGCAGUUGAAAGCACAGCACUUCAUUCAAAGCAUAAAUGAAUAUAUACGUAUAAAAUAAAUAUAUGUAUAUAGAUAUAGGUACUUGCAUAUGUAAAUCUAUAUCUAUAUAUGUAUCUAGAGAUGCAUAUAUUGGGAGGGGUUCGCAGGGAAUGAAAGCCAGUAAACUGAACGCAGAGCCAUCGCUGGUGGCAACGGAGGCGCAGGAGGGAUGCUGUGGUGUGCUGGACAAGGCAAGCUGUGACAGCUCUGGGCUUUCGGUGCCCUGAUGUGAAGUGGGAGGACUGAGACCAUGGCAGAGCACAGGAGAGUCCCCUUGGUCCCACUGUGAGGAUUCCCAGUGGGUGAGAGCUGCUUCGGAAUACAGCCGAUGCUUCGGAAGCUGCCUGGGUGCUGUGGCCUUGUGAUGUGCUUGAAUGGGUUUUGCUCCAUCAGAGGAAGAGGGGACCCUGUUAUCCCUUAUCUUCCCUCACCUCCCUGUUCCGUGUUUCAUUGCCUGCACUGGGGCCUGGCAGCCAGACUUGGAGACCUGCUCCAUAGCAGAGCACAGGGAGCUGCAGGAUCAGAGGCUUCCCAUCCCAGAGCAGUGCUAUGGAGAGCUGGGCCCCUGUUGGGAUGCGCAGCCUCAUCCCGGAGGAUCUCCUGCCCCAGCUGGGAGCUCCAACUGGGAUCUGCUGCUGAGAGCCACGUUUUCCCUUCCAGCUGUUGCUCUUCCUGCAGUGCCCACAGUGGAUUUGCUCUCUCUUCCCAGUUCCUUUCCCUGUAACAUCAUUGUCAGUCCCAGUUCAACCCCACAUGGUUCCAGUGUGAAGCAGCUGAAGGGGAAAUGCCAAACCCCUUCCUCGAGUGUUCUUGGCUGUUGUCAGCAUCACCCCAUCCCCUUGGUGUUGGUCCUGUCCUGAGAAGCCAGCAGCAGCACUGCCAUGGGGCAGCCCCCUCCAACCCCAUCCCAGUGCCCCAGCAAGCUCACCAAAGUGGCUUUGUGGCUCCUGGAAGGAACUGAGCAUCAGUGCAGGUUUGCAUGGGCACAUGCAGCCCGAGCCCCACAGAUAUUGCCUCUUGCCUUACUGUGUACCCUACACAGACCUUGGUUUAUCUUCACCCCAACUGCUGGAGUCGAUGCUAAAGCAAACCAAAGGACAGUGUCACAGCCCAAGUCACUCACACCACACUGGGCGGCCGCUUCUCGAUUGCACUAAUGUGAAGAAGGAGAAUUGGCACCAUCUGAGCCCAUAUUCCUGCUGCCUGGAGUCAAUGGGAGCAGGGAUCUGCAUCUUCCCAUCCUGCUGGGCCUGCUGAGCUCGUGUGAAGUGUUCAGACUGCUUUAAUGCUGUCCUGCCCGUGGAAGCAGCACUGCAUGGGCUCCUCAUGGAUGCAGCACAUUGGGCUCCUCGUGGAUGCAGCACAUGGGGCUCCUCGUGGAUGCG